AUGUUUGCCGAUGGCAAAGUGGGCAUACUUGCAGAGGUGGGCCUGCCAAUGGAGGGAAGAAAUGCAGUCAGCCCGACGAAGUGUGCAGAAAAUCAAAAGAACCUUCCGGCGAGCAAUACGGUGAACGGAGAAUUUGUUGGGCAGAAGAGGCGAAAGUUGCUCAUGGGUCUCUUCGACACACCUUAUUUGUCCACCUCACAUCUAAAAGGAUUUGACUCCUACAAGUACUCAUGUAUCGACUCCAGCCCUCUGUCCAAGUAUAUCUCACACCCAUUUUGGAAUUGGAUUGUAAAUUAUUAUCCUCGAACUUGGGCUCCAAAUGUUUUAACACUUCUUGGAUGGGCACUUGUGAUGGGUUGCUUUUUGCUUGAAUCUUCUUUUCAACCCGAUCCUCAUUUUGCUUACACUAUUUUGAGGUUUUGGAUAGUCGCUGCAAUAUGCACAUGGCUUGGCUACACUUUGGAUGGCACAGAUGGUAAACAGGCUAGGCGCAUAGGAGCAUCAGGACCAACGGGAGAAUUAUGUGAGUUCGCUGGGCUCGAGUGUACGGUCCAACCCCUUUUUUUUCAAUGUGCUGAAGUUUUAGUUGACCAUGGGCUUGAUUCGUGGUCGACUGUGCCUUUUACAAUUACAGUCUUUUCAGUUUUUGGUAGAGGGGAGUUCAGGUAAAA